GCAGGAAGAGUAAACGAUCGAGCAACUGAUAACAUGAACACAGUCACCAGGUGCAAAACAACUGACCAACGAGAAAGUUAUCUUAAUAGAUCUCACUUUCACAGUGUACGAAGAUUAGUUUAACCUUAUAUCAUUGUACAUUGAAAGAAACAUAACAACGGUAACUCAUCCGAACUGAUCAUUCAUUCAAGUAGUCCAAGAAUAGCAGUACCGCUUGGCGUAUAUUGCAAUUCUUGGCCAAUAUAGCUCAACGCUCCCAGGCAUUUGCGGCAUACAACACAAAAUUGGUUCAGGUACACGCCCUGGCAUCCUUUCAUCCACUAAGGGAAAAAUUAAACAUAAGAAUUUUUUUUUUGCUUCUACCCACACUUUUACCCUCAGAUUAUUUUUACAACCAAAAAGGUUAACCUGGUCAACCAGAAACAAAUUGACAACAUCAUUUUCAAUCAACAAUCACCCCUUCUUUCCUUAUCCUAAUCACCACUUUCCAACCACUAGAAAGCUAGAUCUUAGCUUUCGUACAUCGCCAGAACGCAUUAGCCACCUGUCAUUUCUAAAUAUAUCAACAAAAAAAGACAGAUUUACACAGAUUGGGUCUUUUUUUUUUCUUAGAAGGAUUUGAAAGAGAGGAAGAAGAAGCCAGACAAGGCUGGUUUUUCGUAUUUUAUACCAUAAUUGUCAUCACAACCGUCGUCUUAUCUAAGUCCUUGAUUGUUGAUUUAGUGCAACAAGUCUUGUGCGUACUUGUUGAACCCUACUUUUAAUUCUAGUCCACAUAUCUUGUUUAGGGAAUUUCCAGAUAACCAAUUUUUCCAUUUAUACAAUAUUUCACUUCAAUUGAUACAUCCCAUUGAAAUAAUACAACAUGGGUUCGUUAAUCCCUACGUUAAGUUCUUGCCACCCGUUACAACUACCUCCUGCUGAGAAAGAUGAUAGAUUAAAUUUGAAUGUCCGGACUGGUUCCGCAUCCACUUUAUACAAUUCAUUCAUAUUCACCUAUGGUGGACUCACUAUUGCAUUAGAAUUAUCAAAUUACACCGUGGAAGAGAUCAAUCGAACUUUCCAUAAUAAAGUAAACGAAACUAAUUUAAGAUUCAAGACAAUUGAUAAAUACCUCUCGGGGGAAUUGUUCUAUAUGAAUUUGAUUGAACGACAUUGGACUAGAGUCGCUUUUGAUAAUUCACUAGCGCCAUCAAGACCAAGUCCCAGAUUACUACAUCAAAUGUGUGCCUUGAACAAUUGCAUUUACUUAUUUGGAGGUUUAGUACUACCAGAUUUCACAAACGGGGAUGCAUCUUUUUUGAGUGCCACUAAUGACUUGUGGGAGUUUAAUCUCGAAAAAAACAAAUGGACAUUAUUGCAUGACGGGGUAGAUUAUUCCCGAGAUAAAGCAAUCCCAGCUCCUAGAUACAACCAUAAGAUGGCCACAAUUUCGAGUUUAUCAUUUGUCAAUAAACGAGAUCAUUUUGGUAUAUUUAUUUGUGGAGGACGAGACCAGCGAGGAAGAGAAAUAUACGACAAUGUACUAUUUGAUUUAGUUGAAAAGAGAUAUGUUGGUACCCUGCCAUUGCAAUUAUCAGUCACGACAUCAAACCCAAAAAAGGACGAAGCUCAUGGUUUAAACAAUUUCAAGGCCAAUGAAGACCAUUUGUUAAGUCUUAAUUCAACCACAGGUAUGAUACUUAGUUUUGUGGAAGAAGUUGAAUCGGAACAAAAGAUUGAUGGUAAAACCAAGACGCUCCACACAUCCACCACACACGAAGAAUCACUUAUCGUAUAUUCCGCGACUAAAGAGGACCAUCAUAAUUCAUUAGUCUCAUUUAAACUAGGUAAACUGAUUAAAUCAGGAAGAACAUUACCGGUACAUCGCAAGAAAAUUGUUAAUAACUUGACUACUCCCUUCAAUUUACGAUACCCCUCUGGAGGGUUAUUUGGACAAAACAUAGUUGUUACUGGAUUUUUACCAGGGGAGAUUGAUAUUUCCAUCUUCAUAUAUAAUAAGCCCACCGGAAAAUGGUCUCGAUUGAAUGUUGUAUGUAAUCAUGAUUAUGGUAGCCAUCGUUUCUGGGGAGGUUUUGUUUGGCAAUCGCAUCACAAGGUUGUCUUGCUUGGAAAUUAUUUAACUUCAAGAACAACAAGUAGUGUACGAUACUUUACUAUUAUGGUCACUGUUAGUUUACCAAUCACGAAUAUUUUGGCUAGUUCAGAAUUAGAGGGUGGUCAUUUUCAUCGAGAAGAUGGAACGAAAGUGUACCGUCGUAAAUCAUCCACAACCACUGAUAACGAUGAGUUCCUGUCGGAUACAAGUAGUAGUGAAGGAGCAUCAGAUGGAAAUGAAGAAGAUGACUUGCUUCAUACAAGGAGACACUCAAUUACUACAUUAGCUACCGAUAAAUCGCCUGCAGCAAUUAGUUUUACAGAGUAUGUCCAUUAUGCAGCACCCAAGGUGACUUUUACCACUAUCAGAUCAGUAUUCCCACCAGCAGCAAUAACCUUAGGGAGAAAUGCGUUUGAAAGAUAUGGAGACAUGGUAUCUGAUUUUGAACUUGUUUCUUCCAACGGUGAUAGAAUACCUGUAUGUCUUGUGGUAUUGAUGGAAAGAUGGGGCGGUUAUUUUGUUCAGUUAUUAUCAAAAGGAUAUGUUCAAGCAGUUGACAAGUUUGAAACCCAGCAGGCCAUGGGAUUAUAUGAAGGACAAAGAUUAAGAUCAAAGACUAGCAAUUCAAGUGAGUCACCAUCAUCAUCACCCAGGCCACCGUUAAAAACAAACACUUCUGCAGUUGAUCCUCACCAAAUAAAUUUCCGCAGGAGUUCAAUGACAUCUUCACACUUUAACACUAAUCCUCUUUUCCCAUCUGAUUUACAAGAUAUCCCUCCACAACUACCAUUACCUACGGAAUCAUUACCUCCAGUACCUGCCACGCCAGUAUCAUUUAGAAGUUCAUCUAGAAAAGGAUCUCAAGAUUUGGGUUCACCGCGUGCUUCAUUAUUGCAUACAUUAACAGUAUUAAGGAAUAUACCCACUUCUAGAUCUCCCAGAGAUUCACCAUUUGCAUCUCCCAGAGCAUCAUUGUCAGGACAGGGGGGGAUAGCCCCCGGUAUUAAUCAUCCAGUCAAUAGUUCAGCUGGAGAAUUAUUUGGUUCGCCAUUUUCUAAUUUCCGCAGUCCAGGAAGAACAUUAUCAGCUGCUGCAACCAAUAGAAGAAGAUCAAUUGAUGUAUUGAUGGCAGGUGAGCCUGCUGAAUUGACUAAACCUCUGGAUUCGUUGGAUCUCAGAACUGAGAAAGCUUCACUUUCCACCAUGAAUUCGGAAGGCACCAGAGAUAGUAGCAUUGCCGAGGGAUACAAGAGCAGUGACGAUGAUCUGUCAAGAACAGGUUCACAAAUCUCUAGCGGCAGUAUUUCAGCACCAACACCAUUCACCCCAUCAGAUUCCAAAGAGGGAGAGAUCGACAAGCAGGAAGGAGAUGUGUUUGAAAAUGCAUUGUUGAAUUUUGACAAUAUUGAAAGUAACACAUUUAGAAUGGAACCGCUGUUGAUACCUCGGAAAUUAUAUUUCCCAUUCCCUACGAUCACCGUCAAGGCAUUUUGUGAAUAUUUGUAUACGGGUCAAAUUGGAAAUAAGUGGAUAUUAGCACCAACUGUGUUGGACAAUCUUUUAAUUGCAAAGCAAUAUCGAGUUCCACUUUUGUAUGACUUAAUCAGUGAAGUAUUAUUUGGUAUCAUUGGAAGAAAGGAAGCGUAUGUUGUUGGGGAAGGGAAUAAAUUAAAACGAAAAUAUUUUGAUUUGAUGAAACAAUUGGGUGCUCCAACUGACCCUAAUUUCAGUUUCCCCUUGGAUGAAUAUGAAGGGUUUAUGGAUACUGUGGACGAUGCAUAUUUGGACAUAGGACUUUUAAAAAAGAUUUCAAGAACUAGGAAAACUAGAGCUGCUCUGAAGAGUUCAAAGAAAUCCACUAGUUCGUUGUUUGCUGGUAUGGAUGAAGAAUCUCUUAGUAAGAAGAGAUCUAGUAAAGAACUUCUGCCGAAGGAAGUUGUCGAGACUGAUCAGGAAUUGCUGCCUAAAUCUCGUGGCGAUGAGAAUGAUAACACUCUUGAACGGAACGAUGAAGAUAGUGACGGGCAUGACGAUACAUUUGAAGGUGCUCCAGAAAAUAUGGAAAAUGUUGUUGAGAAAGUUACAACUAAUGUUGAAGAAGAAGAUGAAGUUAAUGUUUCUGACGAACGUGAAAUGAAUUCAAAUAGCGAAGAAGAACAAGAAAUUGAAUUGGGUUAUUUGGACACUUAUGCCAAUUCAGGAAUCCCUAUAGGUCCACGUUCCAAAUCCGUAUUCGACAAACACAGUUUCUUAUUCCAGGAACUCAAGCAAGCGGAAGAGGAAAUUGAAGCUGAAGAUGAAGAUGAAAGAGGCCGUGGUGCAAGCACUAGUACAAAAGAUACUGAUUAUGCUGAACGGAAUGCAAAUUAUGCUCUUGGUGAAUUAAUUUCCCCUGAUGCUCCAAUUCCUUCUGAUUACAGUAUUGAUUUGAUUUUUGAGGCUGGAACUAUAGUUAGCGAUUUAAAAUUAAUGUUGCGGGCGUACAACUUACGUGCUAUGACUAGGAUUUUGAAGAGAACCAGAGCUGAUAUUGAAAGAGCGAUAUCAGAAUUAGAAGAGUUGGUAGAAUCCAAGAAACAUCACGAUGACUUGAAACUUAAACGUGCCACCGGAACCGAAAGUGUUAAAUACGAGAACAGGAAGUCUUCGGGAAUUGAUCCUCAUACUGUCGCCCAUGAAACAAGCGAAUCACCCAGCGAAACGAGUGCUAUGAUUAGGUCCGAAAGUUCGUCUUUUGGAUUUCAUGAUAUGGUACCAUCGUCUUCCAAUAAUUCCGUGAAUACCACAAACUCUCAAAGAAGCAAUGGUGGUGGCAGUACAACGGGAUCUGCUCAUCCAAUAUCUCGAACUGGAUCACAUACAAGUUUACGAGGUUUAACUUCAUUAACUCCAUUUAGUAAGUCCAAGGAAAGAUUAGCCAGGAAUGAGCUGGCCUCCGAUUUAGUUUCCAUGGAUAAGGUGCCAAUGACAUUUGACAAAUCUAUUCGGAAGAAGUUUCAUACUGUUGGUACUGGUGUUUUAGGAAGAGUACCAACUACAAAAGCAGAGGAAGUGAUAACUAGUUCUGCGUCAUCUAUCAAAUCUGCUGCAACGGCUGCUACUUCUGCUACCACAUCAGUUAACAAGAAAUAUGGGUUAUUUCAUCUUCAUCGUAGAGAAAAGACUAGUUCUGGAGAUGAAUUAUCGGUUGAAUCUAAUAAAUUGGAGAGAGCUUCUUCACAAGUGAGUCUUAGCUCGGGAAGUAGCAAGAAUGAAUCUACAACUGGUACCACACAUAAGAGAAGAGGUCGUGGUUUGUUUGGACUUAUGAAGUAAUCUAUGUAAUUAUCUAAUAGUUUAAAUACAAUAGUAAUGAUUUAAAUGUUGUAAGGGAUCUAAGAAUCGAAACAAAAUUGUGAAGUUAUAAUUGCGUUUGGUGGAGGGUGGAGGAAAGGU